ACACAAAAGAGAAAGCGGCAGCAAAUUUUUGCCAACGAGUUGAAAUCGCUUCUCUAUGCGUUUGGUGACGUGCCCAACCCUCUUCCUGAAACCGUGAAUACCCUUGAUGACAUUCUCCAGACGUUUCUUGUCGACACCUGCCACAAAGCCCACGAAUAUGCUGUUGCUGGUGGUUUAGGGGUCACAAAAUCUCGUAAGAUGAAGGUCGAGGACUUCAAGUUCGUGUUCCGAAACGACGAGGUCAAGGUAGGGCGUAUUGAAGAGUUGUUGAAAAUGUCUAAGGAGAUCGAAGAGGCCAAAAAGUUGUAUGAUGUCAGUGACGCAAAGUUGAGAAGUACCGCAUUGUCGAUUUCUAAGGAUGCCGAAGGCAAGAAUACAGACAAGGAC